AUGACAGACACGAUGUCGUCGAUGCUCUCGUCUCCAGAGCGACUGUCCGUCAGCAGCGGAGAGCGCAGACUGAUGGGACUGAGGGCCACUGCGGAGGAGACUGGGAGUGAGAGGGUUCCUCUGGCGCAUGGAGCACAAAGCACCUUUAGGCUGCGACACGAUGAGCUGCACCUCCUCCGGGCUGCUGUGCAUGACCUCCGCCGCCUCGCUGAACGCCACGCCCUCCAGGCUCACGUUGUUCAGGGAGAUCAGACGACCGCCUGCAGGAGGUCAGAGGAGGAGGUCAGAGGAGGAGGUCAGAGGAGGAGGUCAGAGGAGGAGGACAGAGGAGGAGGUCAGAGGAGGAGGACAGAGGAGGAGGACAGAGGAGGAGGACAGAGGAGGAGGUCAGAGGAGGAGGACAGAGGAGGAGGUCAGAGGAGGAGGACAGAGGAGGAGGUCAGAGGAGGAGGUCAGAGGAGGAGGACAGAGGAGGAGGUCAGAGGAGGAGGACAGAGGAGGAGGACAGAGGAGGAGGACAGAGGAGGAGGUCAGAGGAGGAGGUCAGAGGAGGAGGUCAGAGGAGGAGGACAGAGGAGGAGGACAGAGGAGGAGGACAGAGGAGGAGGACAGAGGAGGAGGUCAGAGGAGGAGGUCAGAGGAGGAGGUCAGAGGAGGAGGACAGAGGAGGAGGUCAGAGGAGGAGGACAGAGGAGGAGGACAGAGGAGGAGGACAGAGGAGGAGGUCAGAGGAGGAGGUCAGAGGAGGAGGACAGAGGAGGAGGUCAGAGGAGGAGGACAGAGGAGGAGGUCAGAGGAGGAGGUCAGAGGAGGACAGAGGAGGAGGACAGAGGAGGAGGACAGAGGAGGAGGACAGAGGAGGAGGACAGAGGAGGAGGUCAGAGGAGGAGGUUAGAGGAGGAGGUCAGAGGAGGAGGACAGAGGAGGAGGACAGAGGAGGAGGACAGAGGAGGAGGACAGAGGAGGAGGUCAGAGGAGGAGGACAGAGGAGGAGGACAGAGGAGGAGGACAGAGGAGGAGGUCAGAGGAGGAGGUCAGAGGAGGAGGACAGAGGAGGAGGUCAGAGGAGGAGGACAGAGGAGGAGGACAGAGGAGGAGGUCAGAGGAGGAGGUCAGAGGAGGAGGACAGAGGAGGAGGUCAGAGGAGGAGGUCAGAGGAGGAGGUCAGAGGAGGAGGACAGAGGAGGAGGACAGAGGAGGAGGACAGAGGAGGAGGUCAGAGGAGGAGGUCAGAGGAGGAGGACAGAGGAGGAGGACAGAGGAGGAGGUCAGAGGAGGAGGUCAGAGGAGGAGGACAGAGGAGGAGGUCAGAGGAGGAGGACAGAGGAGGAGGACAGAGGAGGAGGACAGAGGAGGAGGUCAGAGGAGGAGGUCAGAGGAGGAGGUCAGAGGAGGAGGACAGAGGAGGAGGACAGAGGAGGAGGACAGAGGAGGAGGACAGAGGAGGAGGUCAGAGGAGGAGGUCAGAGGAGGAGGACAGAGGAGGAGGUCAGAGGAGGAGGACAGAGGAGGAGGUCAGAGGAGGAGGACAGAGGAGGAGGUCAGAGGAGGAGGUCAGAGGAGGAGGACAGAGGAGGAGGUCAGAGGAGGAGGACAGAGGAGGAGGUCAGAGGAGGAGGUCAGAGGAGGAGGACAGAGGAGGAGGACAGAGGAGGAGGACAGAGGAGGAGGACAGAGGAGGAGGACAGAGGAGGAGGUCAGAGGAGGAGGUCAGAGGAGGAGGACAGAGGAGGAGGACAGAGGAGGAGGACAGAGGAGGAGGACAGAGGAGGAGGACAGAGGAGGAGGUCAGAGGAGGAGGACAGAGGAGGAGGACAGAGGAGGAGGUCAGAGGAGGAGGUCAGAGGAGGAGGACAGAGGAGGAGGUCAGAGGAGGAGGACAGAGGAGGAGGACAGAGGAGGAGGACAGAGGAGGAGGUCAGAGGAGGAGGUCAGAGGAGGAGGUCAGAGGAGGAGGACAGAGGAGGAGGACAGAGGAGGAGGACAGAGGAGGAGGACAGAGGAGGAGGUCAGAGGAGGAGGUCAGAGGAGGAGGUCAGAGGAGGAGGACAGAGGAGGAGGUCAGAGGAGGAGGACAGAGGAGGAGGGACAGAGGAGGAGGACAGAGGAGGAGGUCAGAGGAGGAGGACAGAGGAGGAGGACAGAGGAGGAGGUCAGAGGAGGAGGACAGAGGAGGAGGUCAGAGGAGGAGGUCAGGAGGAGGACAGAGGAGGAGGACAGAGGAGGAGGACAGAGGAGAGGAGGACAGAGGAGGAGGACAGAGGAGGAGGUCAGAGGAGGAGGUCAGAGGAGGAGGACAGAGGAGGAGGUCAGAGGAGGAGGUCAGAGAGGAGGACAGAGGAGGAGGACAGAGGAGGAGGACAGAGGAGAGGACAGAGGAGGAGGUCAGAGGAGGAGGUCAGAGGAGGAGGUCAGAGGAGGAGGACAGAGGAGGAGGACAGAGGAGGAGGACAGAGGAGGAGGACAGAGAGAGGAGGACAGAGGAGGAGGACAGAGGAGGAGGUCAGAGGAGGAGGUCAGAGGAGGAGGUCAGAGGAGGAGGUCAGAGGAGGAGGACAGGCAGGAGGAGGACAGAGGAGGAGGACAGAGGAGGAGGCAGAGGAGGAGGGAGGAGGCAGAGGAGAGGACAGAGGAGGAGGCAGAGGAGGAGGACAGAGGAGGAGGUCAGAGGAGGAGGUCAGAGGAGGAGGACAGAGGAGGAGGACAGAGGAGGAGGACAGAGGAGGAGGACAGAGGAGGAGGUCAGAGGAGGAGGUCAGAGGAGGAGGUCAGAGGAGGAGGACAGAGGAGGAGGACAGAGGAGGAGGACAGAGGAGGAGGACAGAGGAGGAGGUCAGAGGAGGAGGACAGAGGAGGAGGACAGAGGAGGAGGACAGAGGAGGAGGACAGAGGAGGAGGUCAGAGGAGGAGGUCAGAGGAGGAGGUCAGAGGAGGAGGACAGAGGAGGAGGACAGAGGAGGAGGACAGAGGAGGAGGUCAGAGGAGGAGGUCAGAGGAGGAGGUCAGAGGAGGAGGUCAGAGGAGGAGGUCAGAGGAGGAGGUAGAGGGAAGAGGAGGAGGACAGAGGAGGAGGACAGAGGAGGAGGACAGAGGAGGAGGUCAGAGGAGGAGGUCAGAGGAGGAGGACAGAGGAGGAGGACAGAGGAGGAGGACAGAGGAGGAGGACAGAGGAGGAGGACAGAGGAGGAGGACAGAGGAGGAGGACAGAGGAGGAGGACAGAGGAGGAGGACAGAGGAGGAGGACAGAGGAGGAGGUCAGAGGAGGAGGUCAGAGGAGGAGGUCAGAGGAGGAGGACAGAGGAGGAGGACAGAGGAGGAGGACAGAGGAGGAGGUCAGAGGAGGAGGUCAGAGGAGGAGGUCAGAGGAGGAGGACAGAGGAGGAGGUCAGAGGAGGAGGUCAGAGGAGGAGGUCAGAGGAGGAGGACAGAGGAGGAGGACAGAGGAGGAGGACAGAGGAGGAGGACAGAGGAGGAGGUCAGAGGAGGAGGUCAGAGGAGGAGGACAGAGGAGGAGGUCAGAGGAGGAGGACAGAGGAGGAGGACAGAGGAGGAGGUCAGAGGAGGAGGACAGAGGAGGAGGACAGAGGAGGAGGACAGAGGAGGAGGACAGAGGAGGAGGUCAGAGGAGGAGGACAGAGGAGGAGGACAGAGGAGGAGGUCAGAGGAGGAGGACAGAGGAGGAGGACAGAGGAGGAGGACAGAGGAGGAGGUCAGAGGAGGAGGUCAGAGGAGGAGGACAGAGGAGGAGGUCAGAGGAGGAGGACAGAGGAGGAGGACAGAGGAGGAGGACAGAGGAGGAGGUCAGAGGAGGAGGUCAGAGGAGGAGGACAGAGGAGGAGGUCAGAGGAGGAGGACAGAGGAGGAGGACAGAGGAGGAGGUCAGAGGAGGAGGACAGAGGAGGAGGACAGAGGAGGAGGACAGAGGAGGAGGUCAGAGGAGGAGGUCAGAGGAGGAGGUCAGAGGAGGAGGACAGAGGAGGAGGUCAGAGGAGGAGGACAGAGGAGGAGGUCAGAGGAGGAGGUCAGAGGAGGAGGACAGAGGAGGAGGACAGAGGAGGAGGACAGAGGAGGAGGUCAGAGGAGGAGGUCAGAGGAGGAGGACAGAGGAGGAGGACAGAGGAGGAGGACAGAGGAGGAGGUCAGAGGAGGAGGUCAGAGGAGGAGGACAGAGGAGGAGGACAGAGGAGGAGGUCAGAGGAGGAGGACAGAGGAGGAGGACAGAGGAGGAGGUCAGAGGAGGAGGACAGAGGAGGAGGUCAGAGGAGGAGGACAGAGGAGGAGGACAGAGGAGGAGGACAGAGGAGGAGGACAGAGGAGGAGGUCAGAGGAGGAGGUCAGAGGAGGAGGACAGAGGAGGAGGUCAGAGGAGGAGGUCAGAGGAGGAGGACAGAGUAUGGUAAUCCAAAUACUGCAGCUCGAGUUCUGACCAUAGACUGUAAAUAUUAA